CUUUAUUGGCUAUAUAAAGUGAACUAGUAAGAGUCUUGAAUAUAUUCUCUCAGACACAACAAGUGAGAGUUGAAGAUCGACUGAGACAAUGGAGACACAAAGGAUCCUCAUGAGGAGUUUGGCUGUUGUGUUCAUUGCAUCUGUGAUCUGGACUAUAACAGUCUCAGCACAUUCUAAAGAGAAGGUGUACACAUGCUGUACUGCCGUCUCCACAGUAGAGUUGACUGAUCCAGUCAUCGGUUUCAGGAUGCAAAAACAAAAUCUUCCAUGUCUGAUGGCCAUCAUCUUUCAGACUGAACGAGGAGAGUUCUGCUGUGAUCCUAGAAAAUUUUGGGUACAGAAUAAAGUUAUGCAGUUUAUGAGAGCUCAAAUAAACAAAAGCCAGACUUCCACUCCACCACCAGCAUCAUCUAUCAGUGAGCACACUCAUGUGACAGGAUCUACCCAAUCAACUGAGAGCUCAUGAAUCAUGAACAUCUGAAAAUAAACUCAUAAUGAGAACACAUCUUGAAGUACUUAUGCAUUUUGAAACUAUUUUUAAAGUUUAAGAGAAUUUGCUGUUGUAUUUUGAAAAUAUUUAAAGUGACAGUUAGUAAAUUGUUUAUUUAAAUUGAAUAUUUAAAAUGUUGUCAUACAUAUCAUGUAAAGAAAUUUGGCAGUAACAAAUCAGUUCUUAUUUAUUCAAUUAUAGUGAAUUUGUUUUAGAACGAAUGUACUGAAAUAAAACAUUAGCAUAUAUUAUAUUUCACAUUGAAAUAUAUUUCAUUCAAUGUACUGGAAAUGGAUUUGUGUCAUGAACUCCUGUGUGAAGAAGGGUGACACAAGUGAUUUGUAUGAAAACAAACCUGAAAAUUUUUGUCAGUUGAAUAUGUAAAAGAACGAGUGCUAUCUGAAACUACAAAUAAACAAUAAUCAGCA